UUGAUCGAAAGAAAGAGACAAGAUUUGAUCAUCCUAUGCUUCUCGGUCGUUAAAGCCAACAUUCAUGGAAGCAAAUUACAGAUCUCUGAGGCAGAGCUUCGUGGAGCGAGGCAAGGAGAGGCUGCUCUCCAGAAAGCAAAAUUCCGGGGCGGGAUUCGGCGACGAUCCGUACAUCGUCCGCGAGGGCUGUUUCCAUCGCAUUUUCCGAGUCUCGGUAGAGAGGAUUUCGAGAUUGUGGAGCGAUGUCAAGGGAACUGAGUUCAAGCUGCGUGAAAUGGGAAGAUCAGACCCCAGGAAAGUGGUGUUUGCUGUCAAGAUGGGGUCUUGUUUGUCUCUGGUUUCGAUUCUCAUCUUUUUCAAAGAGCCCUCCAAUUUCAUCAGCCAGAAUUCGAUUUGGGCGAUCCUCACUGUUGUUGUUGUGUUUGAGUUUAGCAUUGGUGCUACCUUAAACAAAGGCUUUAACCGUGCGAUAGGAACAUUCUCAGCUGGAGCAUUGGCUCUAGGCAUCGCACAGCUGUCCGUGAAAGCUGGUGAAUUACACGAAUUCAUUGUUGUAAUCAACAUUUUCAUAGCAGGCUUUCUCGCUAGUUAUCUCAAGCUGUACCCGGCCAUGAAGCAGUACGAGUAUGGCUUCCGUGUGUUCUUGCUGACAUUUUGCAUCGUGCUAGUAUCCGGAACUUCACAUUUCUUUCAAACAGCCUAUUCUCGAUUGCUACUUAUCGCUGUUGGGGCUUGUGUGUGUUUGGUCGUAAAUGUAUGCGUCUAUCCCAUUUGGGCCGGAGAAGAUUUGCAUAAACUCGUCGUGAAAAAUUUCAAGGGCGUUGCUGGUUCCAUCGAAGGAUGUGUGAAUAUGUACCUGCAGUGUGUCGAGUACUCCAGGAUUCCCUCGAAAAUCUUGGUCUACCAGGCCUCGGACGAUCCUUUGUACAAGGGAUAUCGGGCUGCAGUUGAGUCGACUAGCCAAGAGGAGACGUUGUUGGGGUUUGCGAUUUGGGAGCCGCCUCACGGGCGUUACAAGAUGUAUAGAUAUCCGUGGAGCGAAUACGUGAAAGUGAGCGGUGCGUUAAGACAUUGUGCAUUCAUGGUAAUGGCAAUGCAUGGAUGUAUACUGUCUGAAAUACAGGCAUCAUCCGAGUUGAGACAAGCGUUCAAGGAUGAAAUUCAGAGAGUCGGGAUGGAGGGCGCUAUGGUGCUAAGAAUGCUCGGUGACAAAGUCGAAAAGAUGGAGAAACUAUCGGCUAGCGAUCCGUUACAGAAGAUACACGAUGCAGCAGAGGAUUUACAGAUGAUGAUCGAUCAAAAAUCGUAUCUCUUAGUGAAUGCACAGAGCUGGGAUGCUACAAAACCACCGCCCGAAAAAGCAGUGGACCACGAGAUGCUUCAGGAGCUCCGAGACAACGAUGAGAAGCACGCCUCACUGGGUGAUGGAGCUCACUUGAGAUCAACGCAGGCGAUGAGGAACCCCGAGUUCAAUCAAACGAGCAUGAGCAUGCAUCACUCCGUCUCCCAGUGGGGCUCCGGAGAGGACUUGUUCAGGGAACAGUCUAUGUGGCCAUCGCGCCUCUCGGUCAUUGGUGAUGCUAUGUUGAACGAUCGUGAAGUGAGGACUUAUGAGAGCGCGAGUGCGCUCUCCCUCGCGACUUUCACAUCUCUGUUGAUAGAGUUCGUUGCGAGGCUGCAGAAUCUGGUGGACUCGUUCAAUGAGCUCUCUGAGAAGGCAAAGUUCGCUGAUUCAGCUGAGACGAAGGAGGUUGUUGGAUUCUGGUCUCGGACGCUAAAGGUCAUGUGCUGCAAAGACUGACGCAAGGAAAACGUCUUGCGCGAUGCUCCCAGUUCCAAUUGUUCCUGAAAGUAAUGAGAAUUCAACCAACAUAUCAUAAAAGAAGGAAGAUUGUGGCAGCAACCAUUCACUCAAAAUCCAUCAGCCACCUCAAUUAAGAAUAUGCUGAUCAAGUAGUGAGCAAAGUACAAAACUGCCUGGCUAAAAAUAAGCUCAAUUAAACAUCCAUAUAGCUUUGCAGCAUGUGAUAAUGAACAGAGAACAGCUUUAAGGUGUCCAAAACAUUAGUGCAUGUCAAUUGAAAAGCAUAUCCAU